GCCGGAAGCGGCGGCGGUCGCCAGCACCGGCUGGGGUUGGAGUGGCGGCAGUGAGUGCCUUCGGGUUUGUAAACCCCGCAAUGGGUCCGGACGCGACAGUCGCGUGGCGGAGGUCGUUGCUUCUGCCGCGGCUGCUGCUGGUGCCGCUGCUGUGGUCGGGGCUGGCUCUGGGCGCUCUCGCCUUGGUCAGCAGCCCCCACAGGGUCCUUCACGACCUCCUAUCGGAGCAGCAGUUGCUGGAGGUGGAGGACUUGUCCCUGACCCUGCUGCAGGGCGGAAGGCUGGGGCCGCUGUCACUACCCCCGGACCUGCCGGAUCUGGAUCCCGAGUGUCGGGAGCUGUUACUGGACUUCGCCAACAGCAGCGCAGAGCUGACCGGGUGUCUAGUGCGCAGCGCCCGGCCGGUGCGCCUCUGUCAGACCUGCUACCCCCUCUUCCAACAGGUCGCCAACAAGAUGGACAACAUCAGUCGAGCCGUGGGGAAUACAUCAGAGAGUCAUAGUUGUGCCAAAAGUAUCUUAAUGGCAGAUAGAAUGCAGAUAGUGGUGAUUCUGUCUGAGUUUUUUAAUUCCACAUGGCAGAAGGCAAAUUGUGCAAAUUGUUUAACGAACAAAAGUGAAGAAUUAUCAAAUAGCACACAAUACUUCCUCAGUCUGUUUAAUCAAACCUUGACCUGCUUUGAGCAUAACCUCCAGGGGAACAUUCACAGUCUUCUGCAGUUAAGGAAUUAUUCAGAAGUGUGCAAAAACUGUCGUGAAGCAUACAAAACUCUGAGUAGUUUGUACAAUGAAAUGCAAAAAAUGAAUGAACUUGAGAAUAAGGCUGAAUCUGGAACACAUUUAUGCAUUGAUGUGGAAGAUGCAAUGAACAUUACUCGAAAACUUUGGAGUCGAACUUUCAAUUGUUCGGUCCCGUGCAGUGACACAGUGCCUGUCAUUGCUGUUUCUGUGUUCAUUCUCUUUCUACCCGUUGUCUUUUACCUUAGUAGCUUUCUUCAUUCGGAGCAAAAGAAACGGAAACUCAUUCUACCCAAACGUCUCAAGUCCAGUACCAGCUUUGCAAACAUUCAAGAAAAUUCAAACUGAAAUCUACAAGACGGAGAAUUAACAUCAUAUUUCAUGGAUGAAUGGUGGAAGAUACAGCUUGGUCCAAAAGAGGAUGAACUGAUUCGACAACUCAAGUUCCCUAAGAAAUGCAAGGACUUCAGAUUUAUUUUUAAAUAAGAAUUUUCCAUUUUUCUUUCUUUUCCAUCCUUUUUUUAAGGGUUUGGGUAUUUUUAAUUUCUAGGCCUAGCAAUGUCAUCUAUUUUAAAGUGUAUUUGUUAUAAUAACAAAAGAUGCAAGAACAAUCUUUGUUUUAUUUUGUAGGCAUAUUAUUACUAUUUGAGACUCCUGGUAUCUCCUUAUUAAUGUAGUACUUAAGUAGCAAAGUUUUUGAAAACUAACAUUUAAAAAUUAAUCAGUUAUGGCAAAGACUUUGGAAAAAGAAAUAUACUUGCCAAAAGUAGCCGGUCCAAAGAUUAAUUUAAAUUCACCAUUGCAGUAUUAUUGUUACAUAUAUAUUUAAUAUGUCACACAUUACAAAUAAUAUGUAAUUCAGUCUGUAGUUCCCUUAAAGUCAUUUUUGAAACCACUAAUUAUAAACUUCCCUAGACAAUUUUUAGAAGCAGGAAGGCACAUUACAUUUAUCUUUGUAAAAAGAUUUGUGGUAACUGAUUUCUUACUUAACUUUUAUAAAUAUAUUUUGCACCUUAUUUUUGCCUUUAUUUCAUAAGUAAUUUGAAAUCACUGGACUGCUGUAUUAUAUUCAGGGCAAGAUGGAUUCUUUUUCUACCAGGGAUUUGCAUUGUGAAUUACAUUAAGUUAUUUGGCAAUUUAUAAUUUAUUACUACUUUAAAUCAAACAUAGCAUUAUCACAAUAUAUUUAAGUUGUGAUUUUUUUUAAAUGCAGAUUCUCUUGGGUUAUAUGGAGAUUUUUGGAGGGGAGAGAAAGGAAGGGUAAAAAAAACUGAAGGCCCAGAAAAUAGAUAGGGAAGGACCUGAGGGGAUGCUCACUGUAAGACUGUUGAAUGGUUCAUGUUGAGGGCAUGAGUGAAGAUGAGAGUCUGAUGCAGAAAGCAGUUAGGUUAAGAUGCUUAUUUUUUUCUAAAUUAUUUAAACAGAUAAAUGUGAUAUGAUAGAAAUG